AUGGAAGCUAGGGUUGUUUCACUUUCACCGAACAGGAUGGCUAACAGUUUCCCAAGAGGAUUGCCUUCGUUCUACAUCAGAGUGUACCAGAUUGUGGACGACCCUUCGUUGGAUCCGAUCAUCUCGUGGAGCAAAAGCAACAAUAGCUUCAUCGUCUGGAAACUGAGAGAGUUUUACAAAGAGAUUGUUCUGAAAUCGGCAGAAUUCGACAGAUGUUUCUCACGGUUUUUCUACAAUAUUCAUCGCCAUGGCUUUAAAAGGAUCAAGGGGCCUCCUGGAAUAUUGGAGUUUGGGCAUGAAAAUUUCGUGAGAGGUCAACCUCAGCUUUUGAGGAAGAUGAUGGUCAAAACUAGGUUGGAGAAACUUGAGAAGAAGAGAGCCAAAUCCAGAGCAAGGAAAGAUAGAGUAAACGUAGAGCAUCUCUUGGAGAAUUUACAAAUUUGA